CAACGACAGGAAUCAUGGGAAGUGUCCUCCAUCCUCGGUGCGCAUGCGCCCGUCCCAUGUCAAAUGUGACCAACUAACCGCAUAAAGGAUGGGAGCCUAUAGGAGGCAGGGGCCACGAGCUGGCGCACGUUUGAUCGUGGGGGCGGGGCUCCAUCCCAGCGUCCCCGUCUGAUUGGCUGACGAAAAGGGAUGUGAACAAGUACAGACGUAGCUACGUGCUCUCAUCCUCGCAGGAGCUAGGUGGGAGACUCGUGAAGGGUUCCAGGUCACGACAGCUGUCAGCUCGGGCGGGCGGGUCCUGCAAAGUCUCCAUCCCUCCACCUGAAGAUCCCUCACGAGCGCGCAUCCUCCACGCCUCGUCUCCGACCAUUUAAGCUCGUGCUCGUGCGGUCACCGUGCAGAAGAUGGAGGGGCAGGGAAAGCAGGUGACAGGUUACCUCCUGUUCUCCAUGGGCACCGCUGUCAUUGGCUCCCUGCAGUUUGGAUACAACACAGGAGUCAUCAAUGCUCCGGAACAGAAAUUGCGGUCCUUCUUCAACAACACCUGGGUGGAACGUUACGGCGAGUCCAUCAGUCCAGGAGUGUGCACUAUUGUCUGGAGUAUCGCUGUGGCCAUCUUCAGCGUGGGGGGCAUGGUGGGCUCCUUCAGUGUGGGCGUCCUGGCAAACCGCUUUGGCAGGCGUCGCUCCAUGUUUAUUGUGAACUCUCUGGCUGUGAUUGGCGGUCUCCUUAUGGGUUUCUCCACCAUCUGCUCAUCCUAUGAGAUGGUGAUCGCUGGUCGCUUGGUUAUCGGCUUGUUUUGUGGUUUUUUUACCGGUCUGACCCCCAUGUACGUGGGCGAGGUGUCACCCACGCCCCUCCGCGGCGCCUUCGGCACUCUUCACCAGCUGGGGGUGGUUGUGGGAAUCCUAAUCGCUCAGAUCUUCGGUUUGGAAGCUCUGCUGGGCUCAGAUAAACUGUGGCCCCUGCUGCUGGCCCUCACCGUGGCUCCUGCUGUGCUGCAGUGCAUCUUUCUGCCCUUCUGUCCUGAAAGCCCUCGCUUCCUGCUGAUCAACCUCAAACAAGAGGAGCAAGCGCGCAAAGUUCUGGUUCGUCUGCGCGGCUCGGAGGAUGUGAGCAAAGACCUGCAGGAGAUGAAGGAAGAGAGUGCAAAGAUGGCCCAGGAGAAGAAGGUGACCAUUCCCGAACUCUUCCGAUCGGCGAGCUACAGACAGCCCCUCCUGAUCGCCGUCAUGCUGCAGCUCUCCCAGCAGCUCUCAGGAAUCAAUGCUGUCUUUUACUAUUCUACAGGGAUUUUUGACUCAGCAGGGGUGAAGCAGCCCAUUUACGCCACCAUUGGAGCCGGUAUCGUCAACACCAUCUUCACCGUCGUCUCUCUCUUCCUGGUGGAGAAGGCGGGGCGGCGGACUCUCCACCUGCUGGGGUUGGGUGGCAUGGCUGUCAGCGCUCUGGUCAUGACCAUCUCCCUGCUGUUGAAGGACACCCCGGUGAUGAGCUACGUGGCCAUCAUUGCCGUCAUGUCGUUCGUGGCUAUGUUUGAGCUGGGCCCCGGUCCCAUCCCGUGGUUCAUUGUGGCUGAGCUGUUCUCCCAGGGGCCCCGCCCUGCAGCCAUGGCUGUUGCUGGAUGCUGCAACUGGACCGCAAAUUUUAUUGUUGGAAUGAGCUUCCCCAAACUUGUGGAGUGGUGUGGGCCUUGGGUCUUCCUCAUCUUCACUGCCUUCCUUAUCAUCUUUUUCAUCUUCACCUUCAUCAAAGUCCCAGAGACAAAAGGAAGAACCUUUGAGGAGAUCUCCCGGGUCUUCAGCGGCGCUCCUCCUCCUGCCGCCACACCUACCGAAGCUGCUCCUGCUGCGGCGAGUGCCGCCGUGGCGCUCCCAGGCUCACCCGAGAAGGAGAAGGAGAAAGUCCCGCUGGUGGAGGUAAAAGAAGCAGCUCCAAAAGCAGCUCCGGAAGCAGCUCCAAAAGCAGCUCCAGAAGCAGCCCCACCUGCAGCGACUGAGACCACGCCCCUCGCUGACAAACCCAGUACUGCCGAAGAGCUUGCGAAGCAAGUGUAGUUCUGAUUGUAAGGAAGGUUUGAAACGAAAGAAGAAUCAGAGACUCACUUCAACUCUGGAACCCUUAAGAUAGUGUUUAAACCCUUCUCACACUUCCCUCUUUGAUUCCACUUUGAUAUUCCAGGGAGUAUAGCUGGUUUAGACGACAGCCAGUACAAAUAUAUGCUGCAUUUGGAUGACACACAUGUCCAGUGGCAGAAAUCAACACGAAGAGCAGCUGAAAUAUUCACUGUAAAGGGCGUGUGGAGGUCACAGAAGCUUUAACAAACAGGUGUGGGCGCCACAUCUUUUCCGAAAUCUGCUCCGAGGUAAACAGGCAGGGCGAUGAGGAGGAAUGUGACCCACUUUUUAACACCCUAAUUCCAUUUCACAGAGUUGUCAAAACGUAUUUGCCUCCUCCUUCCACCUAAAGAGGAUUUCAUUCAUUUAAGGGGGAAAGCGACUUGUCUCCAACCAUGACACUACCUCCCUACACAUGUCUGAAAAAUGUAUUUCCUUGUUAGCAAACAUACAUUUGGUGAGCUAAAUCAUUAGAUAACAAAUAUGUAGAGGGGCAAAAACUUUUUCACAGCUCUGUGAGUAUGUAGACACCGCAGUGCAGUAAAACUCAAAUCUAUUACCGUAGUUUCUUGCCAAAUAAAAGUUAGCACUAGUUUAUUAAAUUAAUCAUAAAAUGCAGUACUUAUAACUCACAUUUAAAUUUAUUCCUAAUACCAUAAAAUAAUUUUUUAUGUAAUAACUUGAUUUUAAUAGUUUUUAAUGUCUAUUUUAUCAUUCUGUUACAAGAGGCACAUAUUUAUUGGGAGUUGCAGACUGCUAAAGGAAGAACCAAAGUCUCUCGACUCGUGUAAAGGUUUAAUUUUAGACGUAAUAUUAGAAAUAUAGUUUUUAUUAAAUAAAACACAUAGUUAUAAAGAGUUUCUCAGAGGUCUAUAUAAAAAGUGAACACUUGUUUGACGUGAAGAGGGAGAACAUGCAGCUUCAUUCACUCAAUAUGCUCUUUGGUAAUCAGAGUGUUGUAGAAGCGCUUCAUGCAAAAUCAGCAAUGUUCAUAGUCGUAUAUAACUAUAACGUGCAAUUAUUGUGAAAUCUUCAGCCAUAAAGGGCAGAGGCAAGUGAAGGGAAGAUGUUAAUAUUGUGGGAGAGUUGUGUGCAAAGAAAUACUUUAAAUGUGUGUUUUAUUUUGAGAGAAUUAUAGAUUUUUUUCCUUUCAUGAUGGGAAAAAUGAGAAGUCAGGGAAAUGGGCAAUUUAAUGCAUGGGCAUAAGACAUCCUGAGUUCUCUAUUUUUAAUUUCAAACCAAGCUUUUGUGAUUUUUGUUGUGACAGAGAAGAGUUGGUUUAUUAAAAAAAUAGGAUAGACCUACCAUAAACUUGAUUGGUGAUUAAAAAAAUAAUCGGAAUGAUGUUGCUUUUAACCCUUCCGCUCUCUUUGGGGUCCAGUUGACUCCAACCACAUAUUGACAUGUGAUUCCUUCCAUGACAAAGGUGGACAGGAUUUUAUGUC